UUCUCCAUUUAACAAAUGAAAAAGCGAGGCUCAGAGAAGUACAGACUCUUACCCGAGAUCACACAGCUAGGAAGUAUACUCAGUUUGAAUCCCGGUCUCUUUGGCUCCCAAACUACAGUCAGUCCUGGGAGAGGAUCGUGCCAAUCGCUCAACGUGAAGAAAAUUUGUAAAACCGAAGCCCGGGAGAGGGGCUUAGAUGCGCGGGUGAAUUUACAGACACUCCCUGCUUCCGGGGACAGCACGACCUGUCUGUCCUUCAGUCUGGGACCUUCGGUCGGUCCCGCGGCUUUGGACCCGAGCGCUAGUGGAAGCUGAGGCGGCAGCGGAGGCAGGACCGGCUGCACCGAGCCGCGGGCAAAAGCGCCAUGUCCGAAUUGCCCCCGCAGUGUGCUGAGCGCGACCUUUACCGGGACACGUGGGUGCGCUACCUGGGCUACGCCAAUGAGGUGGGGGAAGCCUUCCGUUCCAUGGUGCCAGCAGCUGUGGUGUGGCUGAGCUAUGGUGUGUCCAGCUCCUAUGUACUGGCUGAUGCCAUUGACAAAGGCAAGAAGGCAGGAGACGUACCAAGCCCUGAAGCAGGCCGCAGCACCAGGGUGGCUGUGGCUGUGGUAGACACCUUCGUGUGGCAGGCUCUGGCCUCUGUGGCAAUCCCAGGCUUCACUAUCAAUCGUGUGUGUGCUGCCUCUCUCUACGUCCUUGGCACUGCCACCCGCUGGCCUCUGGCUGUUCGAAAGUGGACCACCACUGCACUGGGACUGCUGGCCAUCCCCAUCAUCAUCCACCCCAUCGACAGGUCGGUGGACUUCCUCCUGGAUUCCAGCCUGCGCAAGCUCUACCCCUCAGUGGAGAAGCCCAGCUCCUCUUGACUCCAUCCUGGUACCUGGCCUAGGGGUUGGCGCAUUCCCUGCUCUGUUUUAGCUGCCUCCUCCUGCCAGGGGAUAUGAUGCCUGGCUCCCUAGGGUCCGAGGCCCUGGCACCUGAGUGAGUUUGAGCUGCAUGGAAACUGAGAGACAAAGGCAUCAAGAAACAGCAGCUAUAGCAACUCACAGAUGGGCAGGACCUGAACCCUGUCUGCUUCCAUGGAAUUCAUGAUACUGAGUGGGAAUGGACCCUGGAUGGGCCCAGCCCUGUCUUUUGACAGGAAAGUAACAUCCUCCCAUGGAGGAUAAGGGGACUGAGGGCAAGAAAUAUGGCCAAGAUCACUUGGCAAGCUGGGAACCCAGGCAUCCCAGUGGCUCUGCUGAGUUACCCCAUGGCAGCAUGGCUGGCUGGAGGAGCAGCAGGCACUAGGAGAAAUGUAGGAGUGCAGUAGUGGGUACCCUGAGGGCCGAUCCUCUAGCUAGCCCGUCCUUGGGGCAGGGGCUGCUGGGGCCUGGCUGGAAGGCAGGGCAGCCCCAGUCCAAUAAAUCCUUGAGAAGCUGA